AUGAAGACAUAUAAUGACGUGCACGGGAGAGCUGGUCUGGGAGAUGCCCUCAGCUCUCCAACGGCAGAGGUGUGCCGUCUGCUGAAGGUUGGGCGGCUGGGUGAUGAUCCGCUGUCAACACGGACGUCAUCGGCUCAGCUUCGGGCUCUGAUAACUCGGCCCCGGGCAGGAGCCCCCAGUGCCUUAUCUCCCAGCUACGACGGGGGUCUCCAUGGCCUGAGCAAGAUGGAGGACCGCUUAGAUGAGGCCAUCCAUGUUCUUCGCAGCCACGCUGUGGGCACUGCUAGUGAUCUCCAUGGACUUCUGCCUGGCCAUGGGGCGCUGACCACAAGCUUCGCGGGCCCCAUGCCACUGGGCGGGCGGCACGCGGGCCUGGUCAGUGGAGGCCACCCUGAGGAUGGCCUCAACAGCGGUGCCAGUCUUUUGCAUAAUCACGCCAGCCUCCCCAGCCAGCCCAGCUCCCUCUCCGAUCUCUCACAGAGGCCGCCUGACUCCUACAGUGGACUCGGGAGGGCAGGCGCCACGGCAGGAGUCAGUGAGAUCAAGCGUGAGGAGAAGGACGACGAGGAGAUUGCAUCAGUGGCUGAUGCCGAGGAGGACAAGAAGGACCUGAAGGCCCCACGCACGCGCACCAGCCCAGACGAGGUUGAGUUAGAACUCAGAAAACUGGGCAGGCUUCGCAGCACUGCCGGAGGAGAACCUGAUGAGGGGCUGCGUGGUGCGGGGGCAUCUGGGAGGACUUCUUCUCCACACCCUCCGCAGCCCUUCACGGGGUAUCUACGGUUUCAUGCUCAGCACAGUAGGGCAGAUCCAUGUAACAUCCCCUAA